AUGGAGGAUAGUGUUGCGUUCAUAGGGCUAGGUGCCAUGGGGUCUUGCAUGGCAGGCAACAUCCGUCGGAAAAUACAGGCUUCUGCCACGCUCUACAUCUUCGACAUUGAUUCUGCAGCCUGUGAAGGGUUUGUGUCGAAGUUCGAGCAGUUCGGUCCCAUUGAAAUCGCCAAUUCCGUAGAAGAGGCCGCAAGAAAUACCAAGGUUCUUGUCUCAAGCCUACCGAACGCUCAAGCUGUUCGCAAAGCCUAUCUAGGGGAUCUCGACGGCUGUAUCCUCACAACGCCAAACUCCGAACGAUUGCUCCUAGACACUAGCACCAUCGAGUCGUCUUUAGCCCGAGAGAUUGCUGUAAAGCUGUCGGAGAUGGGUGUUGGGUGCUAUGUGGACACACCUGUGUCGGGCGGGCCUCCAGCAGCGGCGAGCGGGAAAUUGUCUUUCAUGAUAGGACAGACGAAACCCCGGGAUUCUAACUCGAUGGGUGGUAGAAUCCAGCAUAUCCUGGAGAUGAUGGGGGAGCCACAAAAGUUGUUCUGGUGCGGCGGGAUUGGUGAUGGUCUGACAGCCAAGCUCAGUAAUAACUACAUUGCCUGUAGUGUCUUGCUAGUGGUGGCGGAGGCCAUGGAAAUUGGGGUCCGGGGUGGCUUGGACCCCGAACUGCUAUACGAAGUCAUCCACAAUUCGUCCGGACAGACCUUUAUGGGAGAUAUUCUUCAUGCUGCACAAAAGGCAUAUCGGCAGGCCAGGAAUGUGUUUCCGAUCGAUUUGAUGAUCAAAGACCUUGCUCUCAUUGUUGUCGCAGGAAAGGAAAACAAAGUCAACCCUCGAAUGGCCCAAAUGGCCUUGAACAUUUGGCAUGAGGCCGCUGAAAACCCAGAUGUACUCUACUUGGAUCUCUUGAAGGGUUCUAAGCCGUAA